UAAAGGCUGUGCAGGCACACAAAGAGUCUGUGUAUGACCGUUGCUGGUACCGCGACGUCAGCGACUCUGUCGGGGGCCAGCAGCAGCAGCUACGUCACUCCCUGACGGCGGCACAUCAGAGGAGCACUGACGGUCAGCCGGGGCUAGCAGCAGCGAGAGGCGGCGCGCGCUCGGCGGAAGAGGACAGCGGUUCACUGCUUUCUAUACGCUCUGUUGUGGGUCAGCCUGGACCAAGUCCUCAUACUCCAGUAGCGCAGCUUCCAGGAUCUAAAACGGUUGUGCAAACAAAAGAUGGUGAUCACCAGCGUGGCAUCCCUUAGAAGGACUUUGGACAAAGAGAGCAAAUGUUAGCACUGAAGAGGAGCACACUGGAGCGAGGUAGUAACAGGUGCCGUGUCCCACAGCGAUUCUGGAGGUGUGGAUGAGAGCUGAAGAUCAUGGGAAAAUCAAACAGCAAGCUCAAACCGGAGGUGGUGGAGGAGCUGACAAGGAAAACCUACUUCACAGAGAAGGAGGUUCAGCAGUGGUACAAGGGCUUCAUCAAGGACUGUCCAAGUGGGCAGCUGGAUGCUGUUGGCUUCCAGAAGAUUUAUAAACAGUUUUUCCCUUUUGGAGAUCCAACAAAGUUUGCUUCAUUUGUCUUCAAUGUAUUUGAUGAAAAUAAGGAUGGACGCAUUGAGUUUUCAGAGUUCAUCCAGGCCUUGUCAGUGACCUCCAGGGGGACUCUGGAUGAGAAGCUUAGAUGGGCUUUUAAGCUUUAUGAUCUCGACAAUGACGGCUACAUAACUCGUGAUGAAAUGUUAAACAUUGUCGAUGCGAUUUAUCAGAUGGUGGGGAACACUGUGGAGUUGCCAGAGGAGGAAAACACACCAGAAAAGCGAGUGGACCGUAUUUUUGCUAUGAUGGAUAAGAAUUCCGACGGGAAGCUGACACUGCAGGAGUUCCAGGAAGGUUCAAAGGCUGACCCCUCUAUUGUUCAAGCACUGUCACUGUAUGAUGGACUUGUUUAAGAUGCCAGAUGGCUCCAGUUCUCCAUCCUCCUGCCUCAUUACACGCCAAUGCAGCACCAUCACUUCUGCAAUGGGAGGAGGCAUUAUUUACCCCGAUCACCCAAAAGAGGACAACAAAUGUUCAUCACACGACAAGAUGCGUCAAGUAGCUGCUCAUCUACAAGCAUCUUCUCUGAUGUUCCAGUAACACAUGCCAACUAUCAGUGCUUCUACAGCUAUGUAGCACCACCUCCUCUGUGUUGUGGACUGAACAUCUCUGAGGCUGUUCUCCUGGACAAUCCAAGGAUUCCUGCUGAGUUGUUGGUGUGCUUCUUGUCCACACUAGUGAGAUGAACUUCUCAGAGGAACUGCUGCUGCUUCAUGGAGAGACUUUUAAUCCCCAACCUGAACAAGAGUGUUGCUGAGUGAUGACAUGAACAAUAACUUAAUGUUACAAGGCAGUAUAGUGUGUAUUAUACCAUGUAAAUAUAAUUUAUUUUCUGCUUUGCUGCAUUUAUGAGAAUUUCCUCAUAAAUAUGGAAUGAAUUUUAUUUUUAUCAAAAGUGUUUUGCACUGCAUUUUCCAAUUUUAUUGUUAUUGUUGUUGGAUGAUUCUUUUGACACAUUCUUGACUGAAAAGGGUUUUUAGUUAGAGGGAUGCUUCGGUGGCAUGGUUUUCUAUAGAUUUUACUACGUUUGCCAUACAGUGCAUCCCAUUGUGUUCUCUUUUCACUGUUAGCAUGAGUGUUGCACAAUUACAUCCUGAAUGGCACGAUAAAGCAACACAGCAAACUGUCCCAGCUUUGCAUCAGAAUUGAGACUUUAGUGUUUCUUUGGCGAGCUCCACUGCCCACCCUCAGCUACACAGAGCUCUGGCUGUAAAGCUUUUGUGAGCGCUGUGGUUGCUAACGUGAUGUUUGUUUAGUGUGAGACCAGAGCAUGUACUGAUGCCUUUUUUCUUACUUAAAUCACUUAUUUUAAAGCAUUUAAAUGUUUUAUCAGCUUCUAUGCCUUAUGCAACUUUUAAGUUAAUAAUGCCAUUUACCUGUUUAGUUUAAGAGCACAGAAUAAAAUGCAUUUAAGUGGCUAAUAUUUCUAUUACUGUAUUUUUAGUUUUUAGUGAUUAGAAGUGUUUCUUUCUCUUUUGUAUAGCUGUUUGAAUGGGUUUAAUAGGCUGCUUUGUAGAAUAUUUGUUCAUUUUUUAAUCCCAUUGAUGUAAUGUAAAGACAGCAACCCAUAAAAGCAGAUGUUUGUGGGAAUGGGAUCUGGUCCAAGCCUUCCACUGCACUGUGCUCCAUCCCUAGUAGUGAAAGGUGUCAUAUCAAGCUUUAGUGCCUGUUCUGCUUUGCAACACAGAAUCUAACACUCCAGCCUAGUCUGUGGCGUGAGUCUGCUCUGUAUGGUUGUGUAAGGAACAACAUAAAACUGUGAAGUGUUAGCACUGAUGGGUGAGUUAAUGAGGCGUAGCGGCUUUUUGAGGUUGCUGAGUCUCCUCAGAUCAUCAAGGACAUGGAGCUGAUAUCAGAAGAUGGAACUGUCCAGAGCUUUGACCGGAGACUGUUUUGUCCAAUGGUUCUUCUUUUGUAUUUGCAGCAUGUUGCUGGAACAAGUGCAGUAAAACACAAAUGUAUUUUGAAGUAAA